AUGAGUACAACAGAAGAGGAUGACAAUUGCACGGUGGAGCAGCCGUGCAAGUUGGUGGCACAGUUUGUGAAGCAGUUGUGCAAGUUUGUGGCACAGCUUGUGAAACAACCGUGCAAAUUGGUGGCGCGGCUGUGCAUGCUGGGCGUGUACAUCAUAAAAUUGGAAGCGGAGAUGGGCAAGGUCACCAUCUUCGGCGAUGUGGAGCUAGAGACGUUGAUUAGAACGCCGAACAAGAACGGCAAGCAUGCUGAGCUAAUUGGUGACCCCAAGCAAAAUAGUGGCAUGCAGGUUGAGGCAAAGUUGACCCAUUCCGGUUGUGAAAAGAUAGGGAUGGAAGGUGAACAUGCUAGAGUGGUAGAGUUUAUAAGAAAGGGCAGUGGUGAUGAGAGUCAUGAUGUAUUUGUUUUGGAGGCAGAUAUCUAUAGUAUUGUUAAGAAAGAUGUUAAGAAAGAAGAGGAUAUAGAUAUCAAUAUCUUUAGUAAAUUCCAGAAAGAUGUAAAGAAAGAAAAGGAUAUGAAUAUGGAUGCCAAUGCAAGAGAUCGAGGAGGGAAAUGA